GUUUCACCCGGACCGCGGGCACUCCAGCCCCGCUCCCCCAACACGUUCAAGACCACAGGAAUAACCCUCCCAUUCUUAAGGAUUUGUCUAUAAUGCUGCCUUAAUGCCGAAUUAAGCAACCCUCCCCCCUUCUUCUCUCUCUGCAAAGGCGCAUUUGGAGACGCUUAGAAACUGGCUACAAUUCUCGCAACGAUUUGGUGUACAUGGUGGAUGGCUGCUGCACGGAUCUAGGGAGCAAUGGUGAUCCUUCAACAGGGAGACUACGUCUGGCUCGACCUCAAGACGGGCUGUGAGUUUGAAGUCCCGAUUGGUGCUGUGGUGAAGUUGUGCGACUCUGGACAGAUCCAGGUUGUGGAUGAUGAGGGGAAUGAGCACUGGAUUUCCCCGCAGAAUGCCACCAACAUUAAGCCCAUGCAUCCGACGUCGGUCCACGGUGUGGAAGACAUGAUCCGACUGGGAGACCUGAACGAAGCAGGAAUUCUGCGGAAUCUCCUGAUCCGCUACAGAGACCGAUUAAUAUACACAAACUGUGGCAGCAGGACCUACACUGGCUCCAUCUUGGUGGCCAUCAACCCGUACCAGCUGCUGCCCAUCUACACGGCUGAGCAGAUCCGUUACUACACCAACAGGAAGAUCGGCGAGAUGCCACCGCACAUCUUUGCCAUAGCCGAUAACUGCUACUUCAACAUGCAGCGUAACAACAGGGACCAGUGCUGUAUUAUAAGUGGAGAGUCUGGAGCUGGUAAAACGGAGAGUACGAAGCUGAUACUGCAGUUCCUGGCAGCGAUCAGUGGGCAACACUCCUGGAUUGAGCAGCAGGUUCUUGAGGCCAAUCCCAUUCUAGAAGCUUUUGGGAACGCUAAAACCAUAAGGAAUGAUAACUCCAGUCGGUUCGGGAAAUACAUUGACAUUCAUUUCAACAAGCGUGGAGCCAUUGAAGGAGCCAAGAUUGAGCAGUACCUCCUGGAGAAGUCUCGCGUUUGUCGCCAGGCCAACGGGGAGAGGAACUACCAUAUUUUCUACUGCAUGCUGAUGGGGAUGAGCCCAGAGCAGAAGAAGAAGCUCGGACUGGGGAAGCCCACGGACUACACCUACUUGACCAUGGGAAAGUGCACCUUCUGCGAUGGCCGGGAUGACAGCAAGGAGUACGCCAACAUUCGCUCCGCCAUGAAGGUCCUCAUGUUCACCGACACGGAAAACGGGGAGAUCAGCAAGCUGAUGGCUGCCAUCCUGCACAUGGGAAACCUCUCGUAUGAACCUCGAAUGUACGACAACUUGGAUUCAUGUGAGGUGGUGUACUCUGGUCAGCUCUUGACUGCUGCCACUCUACUCGAGGUAGAUUGCCUGGACCUCCAGAACUGUCUCACCAGCCGCACCAUUAUAACAAGAGGAGAGACAGUCUCCACUCCUCUCAACAUGGUCCAAGCGCUCGAUGUCCGAGAUGCUUUUGUGAAGGGUAUCUAUGGGCGGCUCUUUGUCUGGAUAGUCGAGAAGAUCAACGCUGCCAUUUACAAACCUCCGUCGCGGGAACCCAAGACCGUGCGCAGAUCCAUCGGCCUACUGGAUAUCUUUGGGUUUGAGAACUUCCACUCCAACAGCUUUGAGCAGCUGUGCAUCAACUUUGCCAACGAGAACCUGCAGCAGUUCUUUGUACGUCACGUGUUCAAGCUGGAGCAGGAGGAGUACAACCUGGAGAACAUCAACUGGCAGCACAUCGAGUUCACCGACAACCAGGAUGCCCUGGACAUGAUCGCCCUCAAGCCCAUGAAUAUCAUCUCACUCAUCGAUGAGGAGAGCAAAUUCCCCAAGGGCACAGACACAACGAUGCUGAACAAACUGAACUCUCAGCACAAGCUGAACGCCUACUACAUCCCACCAAAGAACAACUAUGAGACCCAGUUUGGCAUCAGCCAUUUUGCUGGAAUUGUCUACUAUGAGACGAAAGGUUUUCUGGAGAAGAAUCGCGACACUCUUCACGGAGACAUCAUCCAACUUGUCCACUCCUCCAAGAAUAAGUUCAUCAAACAGAUCUUCCAGGCCGAUGUUGCCAUGGGCGCGGAGACCAGGAAACGCUCGCCGACGCUGAGCAGCCAGUUCAAACGCUCGCUGGAGCUGCUGAUGAGAACUCUCGGUGUCUGCCAGCCCUUCUUUGUCCGUUGCAUCAAGCCCAAUGAGUACAAGAAAUCCAUGCUGUUUGACCGGGAGUUGUGUGUGCGCCAGCUGAGGUACUCUGGCAUGAUGGAGACCAUUCGUAUCCGCAGGGCGGGCUAUCCCAUCCGCUACACCUUUGUGGAGUUUGUCGAUCGGUACCGGGUCUUGAUGCCUGGGGUCAAACCAGCUUAUAAACAGGGAGACCUGCGCGGGACGUGCCAGCGAAUAGCAGAAGCCUUCCUAGGCCGGGUUGAUGACUGGCAGAUUGGGAAGACAAAGAUUUUCUUGAAGGACCACCACGACAUGAUACUGGAGAUCGAAAGGGACAAGGCCAUCACUGACAAGGUGAUCCUCAUCCAGAAGGUGGUGCGGGGAUUUAAAGACAGGUCAAACUUUCUGAAGAUGAGGAACUCUGUGAUGUUAAUUCAGCGCUACUGGCGUGGGUACCGAUGCAGGAAGAGAUUCAGUGCGAUGCGACUGGGGUUCUGCAGGCUGCAGGCCCUGCACCGCUCCCGCAAACUCUUCACCCAGUACCACUUCGCCCGCAAGAGGAUCAUCCUGUUCCAGGCCCGUUGCCGUGGUUGCCUGGUGCGCCGGGCCUUCCGUCACCGCCUCUGGGCCGUCAUCACCAUCCAGGCUAGCGUCCGCGCCAUGAUCGCACGCAGGCUCUACAAGCGGCUGAAAGGGGAGUACCACCGGCGGCUGGAGGCAGAGAAGAUGCGUCUGGCCGAGGAGAUGAGGCUCAGCAAGGAGAUGAGCAGCAAGAAGGCAAAGGAGCAGGCGGAACGCACACACCAGGAACGCUUGGCCCAGCUGGCACGGGAAGAUGCGGCCAGGGAGGUCGAGGAACGCAAGGAAGCGCGCCGGAAGAAGGAAAUGCUCCAGCAGUUGGAGAAAGCUCGCAAUGAGCCGGUGAACGACUCCGAGAUGGUGGACAAGAUGUUUGGCUUCCUGGGCGUCCCUUCUGUGGUGCCUGGACAUGAGGGCCAGCCGCCCGCUGGGUUUGAGGAUCUGGAGAGGUCACCACGGCCAAUGGAUGAAGAGGAUUUGGACGCCAGCCUUCCGUUACCGGAGGAAGAGGAGGAAGAUCUCUCCGAGUACAAAUUUGCCAAAUUCGCCGCCACCUAUUUCCAGGGCACCACCACCCACACCUACAUCCGGCGGCCUCUCAAGGUGCCCUUGCUCUUCCACGAUGAUGAGGGCGACCAGCUGGCUUCGUUGGCGGUGUGGAUCACCAUCUUGCGCUUCAUGGGCGAUCUGCCGGAGCCCAAGUACCACACGGCCAUCAGUGACGGCAGCGAGAAGGUCCCGGUCAUGACCAAGAUCUACGAGACCCUGGGGAAGAAGACCUACAAACGGGAGCUGCAGGCUCUACAAGGCGACGCCGAGAGCGUGCAGGCCGAUAAGAAGAACAGUGUGCGACACAGGUUGGUCUCACUGACUCUGAAGAAGAAAUCCAAGCUGACGGAAGAGGAGGAAGACCUUGCUGAACUUGCCUCCCAGCAAUAUUACGUGGACUACGGCUCGGAGAUCAUUCUGGAGCGGCUGAUGAGCCUGAUUCCUUCUUACAUUCCCGACCGAGAAGUCAACUCUUCCAAAACUAUCGAGAAGUGGGCACAGUACAUCGUAGCGGCUCACAAAAAGGGGGUUUAUACUCAGAAGAGAAUGGACCCUCAGAAGGUGAAGGAGGAGGUCGUGGACUUUGCUCGUUUCAAAUGGCCAUUGCUGUUCUCCCGAUUCUACGAGGCCUUCAAGUUCUCAGGACCAAGCCUGCCGAAAAACGACGUGAUUGUUGCCGUCAACUGGACUGGUGUUUACUUCGUCGACGAACAGGAGCAAGUCCUUCUGGAACUUUCCUUCCCCGAAAUCACGGCUGUGACCAGCAGCAGGGGCGGUAAGAUGCAAGGGCAGAGCUUCACCCUGGCCACCAUUAAAGGUGACGAAUACACCUUCACCUCCAACAAUGCAGAGGACAUCCGCGACCUUGUGGUCACCUUCCUCGAGGGCUUGAGGAUGAGGUCAAAGUUCGUUGUGGCUCUGCAGGAUAACCCGAACCCCUUGGGAGAUGACCUGACCUUCCUGAGCUUCCUGAAGGGAGACCUGAUUGUCCUGGACCAGGACACUGGAGAGCAAGUGAUGAGCUGUGGCUGGGCUCAUGGGGUGAACGAGAGGACCAAGCAGAAGGGCGACUUCCCAACUGAAUGCGUCUACGUCCUGCCCACGGUGACCAAGCCCGCGGCCGAGAUCGUGUGUCUGGUUACCAUGACGCCAGACCAGAGACAAGAAGCCAUCAAGACAUCGCAGCUGACAGUGGGGGACGUGGAGGAGAAGGCCAAGCUCUACACCUUGGAGGAGUUCUCCUAUGACUACUUCAGGCCUCCUCCCAAGCACACGCUCAGCCGAGUGAUGAUCACCAAGAGUCGGGGCAAAGACAAACUCUGGUCCUGUACCCGCGAACCCCUCAAACAGCCGCUCCUCAAGAAGCUGCAGGGGAACGAGGAACUCUCACAGGAAUCAUGCCAGGGAUUCGUGGGUAUCAUGAAGUACAUGGGCGACCACCCCUCCAAACGCACGCGCUCCGUCAACGAGCUGACCGACCAGAUCUUCGAAGCUGCCUUGAAGGGGGAGCUGAUGAAGGAUGAGAUUUAUUGCCACAUCCUGAAGCAGCUGACCGAUAACCAUGUGAAGUACAGUGAGGAGAGAGGCUGGGAGCUGCUCUGGUUGUGCACCGGCCUCUUCCCUCCCAGUAACAUCCUGCUGCCUCACGUACAGAGGUUUCUACAGUCUCGCAAAGGCCACCUGCUCGCCCCGGACUGCAUGCACCGACUGCAGAAGGCACUGCGAAAUGGUUCCCGCAAGUAUCCGCCCCACCUAGUGGAAGUAGAGGCCAUCCAGCACAAAACCACCCAGAUAUACCACAAGGUCUACUUCCCCGACGAUACUGAUGAGGCAUUUGAAGUGGAAUCGAGCACAAAGGCUAAGGAUUUCUGCCAACGUAUCUCCGCCCGGCUCCUCCUGAAAUCCGCCGACGGCUUCAGUCUGUUCGUGAAGAUCUCCGACAAGGUGAUCAGCGUUCCCGAAGGGGAUUUUUUCUUUGACUUUGUGCGCCAUCUCACCGACUGGAUCAAGAAAGCCCGGCCGGUCAAAGACGGUGUUGUUCCUUCGCUGACCUACCAGGUGUUCUUCAUGAAGAAGCUGUGGACACACACCGUUCCUGGCAAGGACCAGAUGGCCGACUCCAUCUUUCAUUACUACCAGGAGCUGCCCAAGUAUUUGCGGGGUUACCACAAGUGUUCCCGGGACGAGGUGCUGCAGUUGGCCGCGCUCAUUUACCAGGUGAAGUUCGAGGAUGACAAGUCCCAGUUCCCCAACAUUCCCAAGAUGCUGAAGGAGCUGGUGCCUCAGGACGUGGUGCGGCAACUCUCUCCAGAUGACUGGAAACGGUCCAUCGUGGCCUUCUACAAUAAACAAGCCGGGAAGUCCAGAGAAGAGGCCAAGCUGCUGUUCCUGAAGUUGAUCUACAGGUGGCCUACCUUUGGAUCGGCUUUCUUUGAAGUAAAGCAAACCACCGAGCCAAACUACCCUGAGAUCCUUCUCAUUGUGAUCAAUAUGCAUGGAGUGAGCCUCAUCGACCCAAAGGCCAAGGAUAUUCUCACCACCCAUCCGUUCACCAAGAUAUCAAACUGGAGCAGUGGCAACACCUACUUCCACAUCACCAUCGGCAACCUGGUGCGGGGCAGCAAGCUGCUGUGUGAGACCUCCCUGGGUUACAAGAUGGACGACCUGUUGACCUCCUACAUCAGCCAGAUGUUGACAUCCAUGAACAAGGAUCGCAGUACAAAGGCUGGCAAAUGAACCUCUUGCGACUACUGGCUCUGGGCCUGUCGGCUCAUCCAGAUGUUGAGGCCCGCGGGUAAUCCUUGCAGCUGGAAUAAGACCUUCUCCACCCAGAUCUGGAGCAUGAGGAGAAGUCCUCCAGCGAGCUCCUCGAGCAGUGACUCCGACUCUUCCUCCAGCGAAGAUGAUUAUUUGUAGUGUGUCUGUGUGUGUGUGUGUGUGUGUGUGUGCGUGCGUGUGUGUGUGUGUGCGUGUGUCUGUGUCUGUGUGUGUGUGUGUGUAGUGUGUGUGUGCGUGCGUGUGUGUGUGUACAUGUGUGUGCGUGUGUGCGUGUGUGUGCGUGGGCGGGUCCAUGCACGAGCGAGAGAAAGUCUCUUCCAAUCGCAGGCAACGAGCCAAAAAACAAAGCAAGCCCAGGACUCGCAGUCAGUCCAAAAAGAGAAGUCCGGCCUACUGUGAAAGGCUUCUAGUUUCAUGACACCCAAGUGUUAUUUGCAAUGCUGCUGCUUUCACCCAAAUCACAAGGAUGGUGGGUGUGUAAGUGUUUGUGAGUUUUCAUUCUGUGCUGCAUCUUAUCUUUCACGUCACCGCUAAAUCUCUCCGCGCACGAGUUUCGUCGAGUCCACUUUAACCGAGGUAUGAAUUAGCCCGCUGCGUUCAAUCCAAGUUGGCAUCUAACUCGUACGAGGACUCCGCAAGAUGCUUUGUCCUAGGUAUAGACAUUUUUUUUGCCCUUGAAGGCUGUGUCACUUAAUUCCCAGUGUUUGUUUCUGUCAGCCCAACUCCGUUCUGUCUCCAGUCGACAUUGAAAUGUGCAUGUUUUAUAUUUCUUUGGGGGUGUCUAGAUCUUAACAAAGUUGACCAAAUGUAGGUUGGGUCCUAUCUGGAGAAGGUCCUAUCCGUCACGGCUGAUGUACGUCCAGUUGCCGAACCCUCCUUGACCUCUGGCACUUGGGUGACCCCUGACCUAAUCACUGCCCCCCCCCGGCCUCCUGCUAUGAAGACGUUCCACGAUAAAGACAUCAUCUUGGUAACGUUGCCACUCUGAGUGACACUGGUUGUAACCCUCUUUCUCCACUCCCUUUCCUCAACAAUCUCACUUGGUGCACCAACAAAUGUCCACUCCCUAGAUGUGAGGGGAUAGGAUACCUUCAUGGUCAGCCAUGUCCUUGGGUGGGAAGCAAGGAAAGGUUCGAUGGACGCUUUUUCCUUUUUGUGUGAUAAAAUUAACUCUGUGUGUGUGUGUGUGUGUGUGUGUUUCCACGUGUUGUCUUAAAGACCAUGUGACCUCUCUUCCUCACGAGGAGAUGUAAUGCCUUGCAUUGAUUGGUAGAAAGUAGCACAAGAUAAGUCGCCCAGAGAGAUGACAAACCACUCACUAAUCUCCUCUGAUCUGUUGCUAGGUCGACCAGUGCUCGCGAUUCUCAAUCAGUUGACGUCUUUAGAUAGAACUAGUCGCUGCCUGUAUUUGGUUGGUGACAACGAUGAUCACAAACUUGUAUCUGUCACUGGGAUGAAUCUUGUGUUGGGAUGUCGGCAUGGUGGAACCUACAAAUUGUGCAUGGGGAAGCCGGUGCAAUGUUCCACAGAGUUCCACAGACCAUGUUCUGUCUGCGUGAAACCUUCUUGUGUCGGGGAGGCACAUUGUGGAAAGCUUCAAGAGCACAUUGCCCUGUCUAAAACGCUUGCAUCUUGGGACAAUAUUCAAGACUGUUGCUUCACUGGGCCUUGUCCAAGCCAACUGGGUUUGGAGGACACCAGAUAGUUUGAUACCAGUUGUCCCAACAGGAGGUCCUUAGUAGCUCUUCAACAACCCAUCUCUCUCUCUCUCUUCCACUGCAUUGAACUGAAUGUGAACAAUAUAUGUACAUAAUGUUAAUAUUGAAGAUAAGUAUUGUGAUAACUUUUUUUUAAAUAAAAGCCUUGUUCUGGAUGCAUGUUCACGUUUGGUGAGCUGAAGAUGACCUUUGAUUUCCUUUGGCCACGCAGGGCCCGACUAUGUUGUGUGUCUAACCGUCCGUCUGCGGUUUGUAUCUGUACAAAGAAUGCCCACACUGCAUAAUAAAUAUUUAUCUGCAUAUUAACUUCAA